AUGAUUGUGAUUCGACGAAAUAGUGCACCAUCGGUCGCCAUCCCACCCAUCCGCGACACUCAACUAGGAGUGUCGACCGAUUUACUUUAUGUAGGCGAAGAUUUGAAUCAGAUUUACCAACGUGCAAACCAAUUUGCCAACGUAAUGUACUUGGGUGUUGAAAAGCGACGUGCAGGAAUGCGGGGCCUCCUAGAAAAGCUAUCCAGGCUCAAGAAUGAUUUUGUGUUUCUGCUGAAACUACACCUAGACGACGACGAUCCUUUGCACUAUCUUGAUCACAAGGGGAGAGGAGUAGUGGGGCCGCAGGAGGGUACGGUAAUGUGGAAUGUCACUCGCGCCAACCUGCCGCCCACGUUGAGCAGCAUUCAGUUUGGAUUCUCUAGAAGACGACUUUCUCUUAAGUUGGAAGAUGGGUCGAAAUUGAUGAUGAAAGCUAUCCACGUGGAAAGACUAGCAGAAUAG